UCAUCGAGGCAUUCCAAAACAAAAUACGAUUUUGACAGCGUGAUUUUGUAGGUAGAGCUGUAUUUUAGAUUGUAAAAACCUGAACUGACAUCUCUUAAUUGACCGGAAUUGCAGUAGCCGGUGGACGGUUAGAUCUACUUUGAGAAGUAGAAUGAAAACAAUAGUCAGCAUAUGACCAGAAAAAGUAGAAUAUCAAUUAUGGUUUUGUAAGAGUUUAUAGUUGACUGACUAUUGAAACUAUGGGAGCCUAUACAAGUAGUUUUGUUGUAGAACCAAACCGAGAAAAUGCAGUUUGUCGACAAACUGACCCUUUCAAAGCUAAUUGGAUAACCAGUCAUGCAAUAUCCACUGAAUUGACUAUAGCUGAAGUAGAAAGAUUAUGGUUGAGAUUCCAACAGCUUGGUUGUAAUCAACAUGGCAUUCUAACAGCUGAAACAUUAAAGGAUCCAAAAUUAAAUGAAGAUGCUUUUACUAGAAAUAUCUUGAAAACAUUUAAAUCUCGCGAUGGGAGCAUGACAUUUGAGUCAUUCCUUCGAGGACUGAAAUGGUGUGAAUCUCAAGAUGUUGGUACAAAAGCAAGAGCUAUAUUUAAAAUGUUGAAUAAUGGUGGACCAAUAAAUAAAGAAAUGUUUUCAAAAAUUGCGAAAAGACUUUACCAAGAUGACACUCAGGAAAAUGUAAAAAGAAUAACAGACAUAUUUUUUAAACAAAUGGGAGCAGAUGUAAAAGGUGUUUUAGAAGAAGAACAGUUUGUAAAUGGCGUAAAGAAACUUCCACGAGAUACUUUAGAGAAUAUUUUAAACUUUCACAUUCUUCCAGAAGAAACCAGGGAUGGUGUAUAUAAAAAUUUACCAGAGUUUAAAGGUGAGAAUAAUAAUUCGAUCAGUCGGUUAUCUAUGCCUACACCACUACCAGGACAUAGACCUAUAACAAUGUCUCCAUUUGAUAAAAUACCUAGUGAUGGAGUUCUCAGAGAAAUAGCUGAAAAGAUCCAUAGAAGAGAUUGGGAUAUGGUAGCCAAUAGACUGGGUUUCUUCACUAAUGAUGUGGAAAAUUAUAGAAAAAUCUACCCUGGUAAUUCUAAAGAACAGGUAUUAGAAAUGUUUAAAGAUUGGAAAGCAAGAGACGGGCAACAAGCUAGGUCACAAGUUUUAGAAAGAGCAUUAAGAGAUGCAGGAAUGGUUGAUGCAUCAUUGUUAUUGGCACCAUAAUAAAUAAAAGCUGUUAUCUCUUUUAUCUGUGAUCUAUAAUUUAUUUUGUUUACUUUUAUAAUUUUAGAAAUAGCAUUGAGGGAUGCAGGAAUGGUUGAUGCAUCACUGCUAUUGGCACUAUAAUAAAUUAAGAACUGUUCUUUAAGAUUAUAUUCUAUUAUAUUCUUUAUCUGUGAUCUUUAAUUUAUUUAGUUAUAUUUUUAUAGUUUUAUAAAAUAAAGGCAAAUUCUAAAAACUAA